AUGCAGUCUCUCAAAUUUCUGGCACUUUGGAUGCUUUUCUCCGUUCUUGAACUUCAUGUAGACGCACUCAAGUGCUAUUCCUGUGACCAUGCCACUGUCGAGGAAUGCUCUCAGCCCAAUAUUCACGCCCUAAGUGUCAUGACUUGUCCUCCAGUUUACACAGAGUGCAUCAAAAUUAUCGGAAACUCUUCCGCAGGAGACUUUACCAUUAGAGGAUGUGGACCACCUGAAGUUUGUCAGACGGCGGAUGAGUUUUUCGAUGGAUUUGCGGAAUGUCAUGUCUGCAGUACUAAUCUCUGCAAUUCCAGCUCAAUCCUGAUCAUUUCUCACCUGAUCUUGACACUUCCACUUGCAGUUUACCUCAAAAGACUUUUAGUAUGAAUGUUGAAGACACAACUGAUAAACUUUUCGCUGAAAUCAAUCAUCAAACAAACAUCUUAGGGCGUAAUCUCUCUGACGAUUUGGUUACAAACAACUUUCCAUCUUUUUUUAGUGGUAAAAAUGAUAAGAUAAGAUAAGGUGAAUAAUGAGUUAGGCUUGUCUGAAAGGUAUUUUAUCAUUCAAAUUUUCAAUAAAAAAACAUGAAACUCAAACUAUUUUAUGUAGGGGAGACCGGAGCACCCCCAAGCGGCAUUUGAUAUCCAAAUAAUGUAUAUCUCAAAUGUAAUCAAUAUAUUUUCAUCGUAAUUGAGCUAUUUCUAAAAAAAAAAUAUAAUAUAUGGACAUGAUAAAAGUAUAUUAUCUUAAAAUUAUAUGCGUUAAGUCUUUAGAAAUUUGACGGAAUAAGUAGAAUUUUAUGCUGGAUUUUUAAAUAAAUUUUACUUCUUUUGGCAAUGCAAUGAAGUUCUUCUUUCCACUUGCAAUUAUGCUAUUUUACCAAACACUACCACCAUAACUCUAAAUCGUUAUGAUAAUUCUUUAAAUUUGGCUCAGGAAUCUCCUAGUUAUUUUUUCUAAGAUUUUCAGUCCUACCCCAAGUAGCACUUUUUACUAUAAAGUAAAUGAAAGGACGGUUAACUGUAGGAAAAAUAUGUUGAAGGUUUUACUAUGUUUUUCUAUCGAUAUUUUGGUGAAUUAGAAACUUUUAUAUCCAAAAUAUAUCUAUUUCAGUUGAAGAAAAAAUAACUUGAAAAUACCGAGAUUUUAACUUUCAAUUGAUAAAUUGUCAUUUAUUGUGCAUUUUUACUGAUAUAGUUUUCUCAUUUAAAAUUAUUAAUUUGUAACGAUACAGGUAGAAUUUUUUAAUUUUUUGUCUUUCCGCCCCUUUUCAAGAAAUAUUUUCCUAACCGUAAUCGCAAUUUUUUGGAUGACGUUUGUUGGAUAAAAUGUAAUAUAAAAAAAAUAUAAGCAAUUUUUUUCUAAA